AUGGGGUCACCAACCCCAAACGUGCGAAGAGCGAUGAUUGCAGUGAGCCGGCGGCUGAAGCUUCGUCGACCACCGCGCACGCCCUCCGCAGGGGCAGUAGCAAGGGGAAGUUGCAUAGAACAAACCUCCUCACAUUUUGUAACGGCUGCUGUUGAGAGGCUCCACAGCCAAGUUGCACCCGUAACGCCCACACAUGCUUCGCACAUGGACUCUCACAAGAGGGAUCUACCGUGUCUGCUGCGCACGUUCCUCGACCAGGGGCACGCACCGCAGUUAUCUUCGUCUGUUGUUUCAUGUGCUGUCUCCUCCAAGCAGAUUAUUGGAAAAACCGCCAAAUCAGCAGGGUUGGCUCGGAAUGAUGCAGAGGAUAUGCUAAUGCAGUAUCGACCGAAGAUUGAUUCCGCGUUGGUGCGGCGCGUCGCUUGUGCCAUGGACGUGGAAGGGGCGUUACGGCGAGCCAGGAAAUUGACGCAAGCGCUUCGCGAAGGUGGGGAGCUUGACAAAAUGCUCUCAAGUUGUGUAUCGGUUUCCUCGCAGGUCACAAAGCAGGAGAUGGAGCUGCAAGCGGGAAUAGCGGCGCGGUUUCAUCAGCAGGCCCGGGCCAAGCGGCAGAUGAAACUACGCGGGUUUCGGCUGUCCACUAGUGACAUUCAGGUGUCAGAAGUGCUUCCUGAUGGGAAUAUAGUCACUUUUACAAAUCCGACGCUUCCAAGUGCUGCGGGCACGUGCAGCAGGAAGUCUUCUUUGGACGGCAAACAGUUACCAUACCUUUACUUUGUACUUUACAAAGAAAAUAUUUCGCUUGGAGACGCAUUCAGGCUCUUGAGCGAAGUAUCCGAAGGGAUGUGCCGUCUCGAAGACUUCGCGGUGAAUGUGGCACUCGAAGAGUCUGCUGUCACUGCGCAACUCUGCAGCGUGCGCAUUGCCCUGCUUAAUGAUGAAACCCACGGAAUACGGCGAUCAGCCGCGGUGAAGAAACUUCUCAGAGUGAACUUGCGACCCUUACGACUUAGUGUUCAGCUAAUCGGUUGGAGAGACCGCCCGUGCGAACCUGCCUCUAGCGGCAUGUCCCAAGCCCAAUACAGCAUGCUUAUUAGGGGAAUCAGCGCGAAUGAGCCAACUCACUUGGAGAGAAAGGUGCUGGCCAGAUUCACGGCGUUUCCGAACUUCUUUGGGCCACGCCACUUCGGGCCAUUUUGUUUGUUUCGCACUUACCACGCAGCUGCCGCGUGGGAACGGGGUAUGCAUGCGGAGGCACUCGUUAUAGGAGCCUGCUUGAGUUAUGCCGACAGCAUUACAUCGGGGAGUGGUUGGAUAGGCAAAUUGGUGGAAAUUCUCCGUCAAGGCGAGGAUCGCCUUGGCGUACUGAAAGAGUGGUACCAGUUUAACGUUCCCCACAGGCUGAGGGCGCAGAUUGCUUCAAGUAAAGCUGCCCUGGUAUGGAAUGUGCUUGCAAGCUGCCGUAUUCUUGAGUUGGGGGCGUGCACCAUGGAAAGGUCCCCUGACGUUGGGGAUUUUGUGGUGGAUGGAGGUCGUUGCCCUGCCCAAGUUGAGGAAACUGUAGAGAAGGUGGAACUCUUUCCAGAGUGUGGUUGCGGAAAGUGGAAUAGCCCCCCGUCCGUGGAGCGAAAGGGUAGGGAUUGCGCAAAUACUGAGGUUGUGAAAUUCAUCUCCACUCAAGAGGACGCUGCCCCGUACACGAUACAUAAUAUUGUUGUACCGUUGGGCGCGGAAACUAAUGGGGAGGUAAGAGGUCUGUUAAUGCAACUGGGCUUCCGUCCCACCUUACAUCCGGUUGAGCACUCGCAGAAACCGGUUGGUCACCGCCCACUCUUUGCAACGGGUAGUGGGUAUCCGCGUGCAGCUUCUCCGUGGGUAAAGGCUCUGCCUGAGCUAACUGGAGGCAUUGCUGGGGACAACGGAGGUGUUUUUAGGCUGCUCACAGAUGUAGAAAUGCGCCAAAGCAGCAGCUACACAGCCCUGUCGAGAGGCCGGAUGCGUGGAAUUUGGCCAGUGGGAAAGUAUGGCUACCGGUUGACGGAUCGCUUGCCCGCUGGAAUCGUCUCUCUUGCCGCGUCGGACGCGACGUGGCGCGGAACCAGAUGUCUUGCCAUGCACUUCACCUUGCCAACACAAGUGUAUAGCAUGUCCCUCUUCCGAGAGUUCGUAGACAUUGAGGACCUUACCGAAGUGACGGAUCGCGUAUCUUCGGCAGGCGAUAACAGGAAGGUGGAAGGAUCACCUCCUGUAAGGGUGAAUACAGCGUCAGUGGAAGGUAAGGGAAUGGCAAGCGACCCUGGUCAGGGAUUUGUGGACGGCGAUUUGAUGGGUUUGAAGCGCAGAGUAUCGGAUGCGGGUGCAACAAAUGCCGGUAAAUAA